CAGAUAUGCUCUCAAACAAGAUCUUCUCUGUGAGCAAGAUUUCAAGAGAGGAAGUUGUUUCUUCUACCUUUACUAGGAAAAAAAAUGAAAGCAGACAACCAAAAUAGGCUCUGUGUAGUACUGCUGCUUCUGCCGUUUGGAAAGCUCGGCCACCACAUAAUGGAAGUGGCUACCUUAUCAGUAUGGCCAAAAGAGAAGGUGCUGUUCAAUCAAUGGAGCGAGCAGGAGGCUGCUCGUAGAUAUUGUCGCUAUUAUGCCUCCAAAAGGUGAUACUAUUGAAUCAGAUGGCGGUCGCCCCAAAUGUCUGCAGCAUCUUUGUGUUUCUGUUUGCUAACAAUCCUGGUUGUGCAAAAUGAGCGGUAGUCACCAUGAUAUUUUGUGGGCAGCCUUCCCCUCUUCUGAUAUCGAAGACAGGAAUGCAUGAUCCUACCUUCCAUUUCUUAUCUUCCUAAUAUUUACUUGUUAUUGUUCAUUUAUUUUGGGGAGUGAUUAAUGCUGGAUGCAAGAUUUUCACAGUGAAAACCCUAGAACCGCACGUUUGGAAUUUACUUUUAUUAAAUCUAAGAUUCUACACAAAUUCCGGAGAUUUGAAAUGAUAGAAAAAUUGUCCAUUCAAAAUUUCGAAACUUUACGUAUCAGAAAACCGUUUUUGUAUUUGAGUUUGAUUUCCAUGGGAAAAGGUAACAACACUACGGAAGGCUACCAUCGACUUUAGAAUCGAUGGGUGUUGAAGUCCUUUAUUUAUUGGGCUGCUACAAUUACCCACUGCCCAAAAUCAAGAGGUGGAAAUCUGGCAUUCUGCUACACCUAUCUGCGUUUUACAAUUUCAGCGUCAGUUUCACGUUUUGUCCUUUGAUUUCUGCUUACUGCUAACGCCAUUACUACAUGCAGCAACUUCAGCUAUAAUUAUGGAAUGCUUAUCUCCUGACUUACCAUCAUCUCUUCAACCGUAAACAGUAGCAUGCACCCGUUGGCAAUGCUCUAUGCCAUGGUUAUGUCUUUCAUGCCCAUGAUUUUGCCAACAAAACUAGCUGGAAUCUUUUCCGUUAAAGCUAGACUUUUCUGCUUCUUGACCUUGUCCUAAAACAGUAUGUUUCAUUGAUAUUAUUGUGUCCAUCAAUUGGGUUAGUUGGUUUCGUAUCUGGACAUUUUUCUUUUAUUUUUUCCUGAAAAAUGAAUUUCCCUGUGUUUCUUCUUCGUCAUAGAAUAAGACUUCUUCAACUUUCUGUGAAUCAAUGCUUAGAUUAGGCUUAUAAAAGGAAAAUGGAAGCUCAGAAUAAGAGUAGGAGUUAAUUUUUUCAUCAGAAAACGAUAAAUUUAACUUUUCCUUUCAGUGCAGAAGAUGGAAAUGGAUGAGGCAAUAACUGUUUUAAAAUUCCUCCAGCAGAAAACGGAGGCGGACUAAGCAUUAUAACCUUUUUAGCAGGAAACUGGAAGUGAAUGAGGAUUAGGAUUUUCUUUAGGGAAAGAAGUAAACAUAGAAAAGGGAAUGAGCACAUUGAGCAGUAAACGUUUUUAGCAAAAAACGCAAACGGAUUAAGCAUCGGAAUCUUUUUUUUUUCAGAAAAGGGAAAGCGGUGGGCAUUAAUAAUAUUUUUUCCAGCGAUGGAAGGAAAUGAAUUGAAAGAUGGAUAAAGAUUUCUGUGGUGGGGAUUGCGUCGUACAACUCGAGUCAAUUACUCAUGGACACUGACCACAGCAGAUUAUUGAGAGACAGCUCAACAGCUGCUCUGUUGACGAAGGGAAAAGAGGUAUAGAGGAAAGGGCCAUUUCUUUCGGAUCACAGAUUGCACGCGCUUUCGCAAGGCGAGAGAGAGGAGAGAGACAGAGAUGACCAGGAAAGAUGGAGAUGGGGGAGAUAUAAUCCAGUGGUUCGAAGAAGUGUGUAGAGAAGCACCAGCAGUACAAGCCCGGACGCUAGGCCAGAUAAUACGCCAGAAUAGUGGUGCAGAGUACCUCAACAAAUGGAUGGGACACCUCCCCCAGCUUCAUGAGAUGGAAGACCAGGAGUUAGAGUCACUUUUCUCAUCCUUUGUGCCUCUCUCUUCUCAUGCAGACUAUGAGCCUUACAUCCAAAGGAUUGCAGACGGAGACCCGUCUCCCAUCCUUAUUCAACAGCCUGUCACAACCAUUUCUUUAAGCUCGGGGACGACGGAAGGAAGACCAAAAUUCCUGCUCUUCACUCGUCACAGUGCUCAAUCCACCAUUCAUAUGUUUAGAUUGGCUGCAGCAUAUAGAUCCAGGUUGUUCCCAACCAAACCAGGAGGGAGGAUCUUGGAAUUCAUAUAUAGCAGCAAACUGUUCUACACAACGGGAGGGCAAAAGGUUGGAACGGCAACUACCCACUACUUUGAGAGUGAAGAGUUCAAGAUGAAGCAAAUGAAGACAGAGACAUUCACAUGCAGCCCCAGUGAGGUCAUCGCUAGCUCAGACCACCGGCAAUCCACGUACUGCCACCUCCUUCUAGGCCUGCACUUCUCAGAAGAGGUGGAGUACGUGACUUCCACCUUUGCCUACAGUAUAGUUGAGGCGUUCAGGGAAUUUGAGCUGCUUUGGAGAGAGAUUUGCAGCGACAUAAGGGAAGGCACCCUGAGCCCAAGAAUCACGUCGCCCAGCAUGAGAAGGGCAGUCACUGAAUUGAUCUCCCCAAACCCAGAUCUGGCCUCUACUGUGGAGCAGAAAUGCAUGGGCCUCAGGAAAUGGCACGGGGUUAUCCCUCGCCUCUGGCCCAACGCCAAGUAUGUGUAUUCGAUCAUGACGGGCUCCAUGCUGCCUUACUUGAACAAGUUGAGGCACUAUGCCGGUGGCCUGCCACUGAUUGGCGCAGACUACGGGGCUACUGAGUGCUGGGUUGGGGUGAACACAGAGCCUGCUGCCCCUCCAGAGACUGUCUCCUUCACAGUCGUCCCCACAUUUGCAUACUUUGAAUUCCUGCCCCUCCAUCGUCGCGACGCUCCGAUCACUUCUGCAGUGGCGGAUGAUGAAUUCAUUGAGGCUCAGGCAGUGAGGCUGUCGCAAGUAAAGGUCGGUGAAGAGUAUGAAGUUGUGGUCACCACCUUCACAGGACUCUACAGAUACAGGCUUGGGGACGUGGUACAGGUAUCAGGUUUCCACAAUGGCUCCCCGAAACUGAGGUUCGUGGGCAGAAGGAAGCUCACCCUCACAGUCAACAUCGACAAGAACACGGAGAUGGAUGUUCAGCUGGUGGUGGCCAAGGUGUGCGGGCUCCUCGUGGAGUCGGGCGUCGAGCUCAUCGACUUCACCAGCACGGCCAACCUCUCGACAACGCCGGGAAGCUACGUCAUUUACUGGGAGCUGAGCCAGAUUCCUGCAGAAACAGGCCUCCUAGCCGAGUGCUGCAAGAGAAUGGAUGAGUCUUUUAUGGAUCAUGGCUAUGUUUUGUCCAGGAAGGCGCACUCUAUAGGCCCCCUUAAACUCUGCAUUGUUAAGAAGGGCACGUUUAGGAAGAUUCUUGACCAUUUUGUGAAGGAUGGUGCGUCGCUGGGCCAAUUCAAGACGCCUAGGUGCACCUACAAUGAGUUCUUUAUUCAGAUCCUUGAGAGUUGCACCAUCGAGAGGAUUUAUAGCACGGGUUACUGCUGAAAUUGAAACGGAGACGAUAGGACGACACGCUUUUUUGGUUGGUCUGGGGCUGCCAAUCGGUUGUCCACCAGUGCAUGUUCGGAUAAUUCCCAAGAAUGUAUUAUCAAGCUGGCCCCUUGUCUCGAUUCCUUUCAGAUAGGCCAUUUGCAGAUGUAAGCACAAACAGAAUUCAGCAACGCC